CAGGCCCCGCCCCGCCAUGGCGGCCCCGCAGCCCCCCGGUUCCCCCUGGGCCGGGCCGGGGUCGGCAGCGGCCCCCGGAGCCGCCCGGGCCGGGCCGUGCUGGGCCGCCGUGCUCGGCUGCCUCAGCCUGGCCUGCUCCUACGUGGGGAGCCUGUACGUGUGGGGCAGCCCCCUGCCCAGGGACCACCCGUCGGUGAUCAAGCGUCGCUUCACGAGCGUCCUGGUGGUGUCAGGGCUGUCCCCUGCCCUGGUGUGGCUCUGGAAGGAGCUCACGGGGGUCAAGGCUGACACCCCCCUGCCCGCGCUGCUGGGGCUGCGCCUCGAGGGGCUGCUCCCGGCCACGCUGCUGCCUCUGCUGCUCACCAUGAUCCUGUUCCUGGGCCCCCUGAUCCAGCUGUCCAUGGACUGUCCCUGGCGGUGGCUCGAUGGCAUCAGGGUGGCCCUGGACCCGCGGGUGUGGGCGCUGUGCCUGGGGGACGUGCGCUGGCUGCGGAACCAGGUGGUGGCACCUCUGACAGAGGAGUUGGUGUUCAGGGCCUGCAUGCUGCUGCUGGUGCCCUGCACGGGGCCCGGCCCCGCCGUGCUGGCCUGCCCCCUCUUCUUUGGGGUCGCCCAUUUCCACCACGUGAUCGAGCAGCUCCGCUUCCGCCACGGCUCCGUCGGCAGCAUCUUCAUGGCAGCAGCAUUCCAGUUCUCCUACACGGCCGUGUUCGGGGCCUACACGGCCUUCCUGUUCCUCAGGACUGGUCACCUGGCGGGCCCGGUGCUGUGCCACUCCUUCUGUAACUCCAUGGGGUUCCCGGCGCUGGGCGCGGCCCUGGGGCACCCGCGGCGCCGGGCGCUGCUCCCCGCCUACCUGCUGGGGGUGCUGGGCUUCCUGCUGCUGCUGCACCCCCUGACCGAGCCCGCCUUCUUCGGGGCGCGCCCCCCCUGCCGCGACCCCCCCGCCUGCUCCUGACACGGGCGGGGGGCGCCCGCCCCUCCCCAAACCCCCCCCCCACCCCCCGUUUUUAUAGGAGCCGCCGCACAGAGUCUAUUUUUGUGAUUAAAGUGGUUUAAGGCUU